AUGGAAAUACCGAUUGAUGUAAACUUUGAUGAAAACAUAGAUUCAAAUUUAAUUUUUAAUGAGUUACAUAAUAUUAAAAUUCACAAAAACACAUUCAAUAAAUAUGAUGUAUUAUAUAAUGAAUAUGACUAUGAAUUGAGUGAAUUAAAUAAUUAUGAAGAUAUGAUUGAAAAAACUUGCUACUGCUUUACAUAUUUUGAAAAUAUUGGGAGCAAUUUAAAAAAAAUUAAUGAAUUAGAUAAAAAGACAAAAGACAAAAUUGUAGAAAGUAGUAAUUUGACUAAUGAAAUAAUAGAUGAAAUAAAAAAGUUAAAAAAAGAAAAAUAUAAUAUUAAGAAAAAGGAAAAUAUAUAUAAUAUGAUUUUACAGAAAUACAGUUUAAGUCCCUUAUGUAUUAAUAAUUUAAUAGACUUAAAAAUAUCAUUAAAUAUAGAAUUUUUUGAAUAUUUAAAACAGUUUGAAUAUACUAAAGAUAACAUAAUAAAAUUAUUAAAUGAAGAUUCAUCAGAAAAAUUAACUAAGUUUUAUUCCAAAUAUUAUAAUAAAAUAAUGAAUGCUGCGUGUAAAAAAAUGUGCUCAUAUAUAAUAAAAGAAAACAAUAAUUUUUAUAAAAGAACUAAUCAAAUUAUUGAUUUAUUAUUAUGCACAGUUUUUGACGAAAAAGAGAAAAGAAGCAUAAUAAUAAAAAAUUAUAUAGAAAAAAUUUCUCCAAUAACAAAAUUGUGUUACAAAAUUAUUAUUGAAAGCAUAGAAUAUUUCAAUACAUGUAUAAGUAAUUUUAUUCAUUUUAGAAAAAAAUUGUUAAAAAAAAAUUAUCAAGAUUUAAUUUCUAAUAACUACAAAUCAAUAAAUAAAAAAAAAUUAAUAGAAAUAGAUGUAAAAGAUGAUUCAAUACAAAUUUUUAAAAAUUUCUUUUCUAUUUUUUAUUAUUUGAUAACAUUAGAAGAUAAUUUUUUUAAAAUACUUUUCUCAUUUAAUUUUUAUUAUACAAACAAAACUGUUUCAUAUAUAUCUAUAAAUUUAGAAAAUACUCAUAAUAUUCUAUUCAAUAUAAUUGAUGUAUUACUAAUUCCAUAUAAAAAUUUUCUAGAUACAAAUCUAAAUAUUUAUCCAAAACGUUAUGAAUCUUGUUAUGAAUUAUUUCAAGUGUUAGAUAUAUUUAUUUUUAAAUUAAGACAAUUUCAAAAAAACUAUGAAAUAAAUAAUGUUAUAAAAGAAAUAAUCCAAGAAGAUUCCAACAAAAAUAUUCUUUAUAAUAGUGAUAAAAAUAGAAAUGGUAGUAGAAACAUAAUAGAAAAUUUAAAAAGUAACAACUCUUUUUUUCAAAGUUAUGAAUUAACUAUAGAAAAAAGUAGUAGUUCCUUUUUAUGUGAUAUUUCUAAUAAUAUAGUAGAUGUUGUACAAAAAAAGUUUCAAAAUGAAAUUAUAUUAAAUAAAAAUAAAGAGGAGAUAGACUAUAAAAAUACAAUUAAUAAUAAAAUAGGAAACUUCGAUGAAAAUUCUAUAGAUAAAAAAAAUGAAAAUUAUGAAAAAAAAGAAUUUAAUAUAAUUGAUACUGUAGAAAAAGAAGAGUUAUAUGAAGAAAGAAAUAAUACUCAGAACGAUCACAAUUUAUUUGAAUAUAAUAAACCUAAUGUAGAAUGUUCUAAUAAAAAUAUAAAUGAUGCAAAUGAUGAUGAUAGAAGUGCUAAAAUAGAGAUAAGCUAUAAAUAUGGAUUAAAUAAUAAAAUGGAUCCAUUUGAGAAGUAUAAUUGUAAAUUAUUAAAUUACACCUUGAACAUACAAAAGAAAAUAGAAAAUGAAUUCAUUACAUUAUGGCAACAAAAUGUUAUAACGUUCUAUUUAAGUAAGAUAACCAAAAGAGAAGAUUCUGAUUAUUUUAAUGAUACAUUAUUUUAUAUUAAAAAAAUUUUCAAUUCUCUAAAUAAUAUAUAUACAAUAUACAAAAAUAGCUCUUUAUGUGGAAAAAGUAACGAACAGGAUUUUCAGAACGUGCUUGAUAUCACAAUAAACCCAUUAAUAAAUAAUUUUUUAAAAAAUAAAAAUAAAAAUAUUGAAAGUGAUUACAUAUUUAUCAUAAAUAUAUUUUCUUUUAUACAAGAAAGUAUUAAAGAUUUUGAAGGUUCCUCUAAAUAUUGUGAAUUACUAACGAUAAUUAUUAAUGAAAAAUGCGAAAAAAUUUUAGAAAUAGAGUCUUCUAAUUUAAUAAAUUACUUGAAAAUAGAUAAAAUAGACAAACUAAAUGAAAAUAAUGCUGAUGAAGUAAGAAUUUUUAUUGAAAAUUUUUAUAAAUUCGUUUUUACUGAACAUUACGAUUUUAAUAUAUUAAAUAAAAUAGAAUCUAAUGAACUUAAAAAAAAUAUUAAGUCAUUGAUCUUUCAUAAUAUACAUAAAGAAUAUAUGAAAAUAUAUGAAUUAUAUAGUGAUAAAAUGAAAUUGGAUUAUUCUCCUGAACAAAUAAAAGGUAUUUUUUUGAAAAAUUUGUGA